AUGAUACACUCAGGUCCUCUUCCUGAGUCUUCUACUGAUGCCGAUGAUGCAGUUGUUGGUACAUGGAGUGGUGUAGAGUCCGAGACCACCUCUAUCAACAGCACCAACGAGCAGCAGCAACAACAACAACAACAACGGCCGCAACAGCAGCAGCAACAACAGCAGCAGCGUCGGCGGCAGCAGCAGCAGCAGCAACAGCUUGAACAAGAGGAAGAGGGUUUUUUUGAUGAUAAUCAGCAUCAUCAUCAGGAGCAGCAACAGGAAGGUUAUGCUGUAGCAGACGAAAUGCAGAUGUAUGCAAGAGGUGCAAGAAGACGCCGUCUUCGUCGUAAACAUGCACUUUCUUCUGCAUUACCUCUUCUUGUUACUGCCUUAUUAGCAUUAGGUGUAUUAGAAUGGCGUAUGGGUCUUAUUAAGACUGCUGCUGCUUCUGUUCAGGCUAGUGCAGCAUCAGCAGAACAACAAAAACAGCAACAAGCAGCAGCAGAUGCAGCAGCAGUUGCAGCAGCAGCUGCAGCUGCUGCAGCAGCAGAUGCAGAUGCAGCAGCAAAACCACCACAACCACCAGUUAGACAGGUAGCUCGUGUAUCUCCAAUAAUAUCCCAACAGCAACCAACAGCAGAAGCAGCAGCAGCAGCAAUAUCAUCAGCAGCAGCUGCAGCAGCAGCAGCUGCAUCAGCAGCAGCAGCAGCAAAAGGUACAAUAACAACAACAGCAACAUUAUGUCCAUCUCUUCUUUCCUCGUCUAAACAUGAUCCUCCUCCUCCUCUACAACUACAACCAGGAGCAGCACCAAUAUCUGCAUCAAUAGCAGCAGCAGCAGGAAGUGAAGAAGAAGCAGCAGCAGCAGCAGCAGCAGCAGCAGGACAAGAAGAUGAUGAAGAUGGGGAAUUUAGCCUAUUACCUGCUGUUGGGUCCGAGGAAGAAAGACUUUCUUCGUUAACAAUAGAAGGAAGAAAGUAUAUAGAGGAAGCAUUAAGGGAAUUAGAACUAAUUCGUGCUGCAGAUCAACGUUAUCCUGCUGCAUCUGCUGCUGCUGCUGCUGCUAUACAACAAUUAGCUGUACAAUUAUCUAAUGGAGAGACACAAGAAAUAGUUGGACAAAAAAUACAAUUAAUUGAAUUAAGAUCUAUAAAUAAAUAUACACAAGAAAAAGAUAAAAAAAGAAAUUUCUUUGUUAUGCGCUUCUUAGGUCAAUGGGGGUAUUCACUCUUAUUAGAGAUAAAGGACGAGAGAACAGAUCAGCUCCUUAUCCUUAAGAUUCCCUUCUAUACAGAGGGCAGCAGCAGCAGCAGCAGCAGCAGCAGCAGCAGCAGUAAUAAUAAUAGUGGUAAUAGGGGUGAGGAGGAUGAGGGAAAAGGGUUAGGAGGAGGGGAGGAAGAAGAGGAAGGAGAGGAAGAGGAGAAGGAGAGGCUUGCUGCUGCAGCAGCAGAAAUAUGUGCACUAGAGGAAAGAGGUAUAGAUAUAGUUUUAGGGGAUUUACCUGCAGCAGCAGCAGCAGACCUAAAAGGUUAUAUAAUACCAUUAGCAGAGGGAAGAAUAGAGGAGCCUGAAUUAUUAAUACAUAUAAAUAAUAAAUUAGAUCAAGAAGAACAACAGCAACAACAAGAAAAAGAAAAAGAAGAAGAAGAAGGAGGAGGAGGAGGAGGAGGAGGAGGAGGAGGAGGAGGAUUAGAGGAAGAAGAAAAAAAAGAAGAAAAAAUAAAUUGUUCGCUAAAGACUGAUCUAUG